GUAAGUUGCUAUGGCCAGUGGACCAAAAAUGAUGGCUCCCAUUUGUCUGGUGGAAAAUCACACUGAGCAGCUGUCUGUGAACCAGAAAGCUGUGGAGAUUCUAGAUGAAAUCUCUCAGCCAGUGGUAGUCGUGGCCAUCGUGGGAUUGUACCGUACAGGGAAGUCCUACCUGAUGAACCGUCUGGCAGGACAGAAUUGCGGUUUCCCUCUGGGCUCCACUGUGCAGUCUGAAACUAAGGGCAUCUGGAUGUGGUGUGUGCCCCACCCCACCAAGUCAAAGCACACCCUGGUCCUCCUGGACACCGAGGGCCUGGGGGACGUGGAAAAGGGUGACUCUAAGAAUGACUCGUGGAUCUUUGCCCUGGCCGUGCUGCUGAGCAGCACCUUAGUCUACAACAGCAUGAGCACCAUCAACCACAAGGCCCUGGAGGAGCUACAUUAUGUCACAGAACUCACGGAGCUGAUCAGGGCAAAGUCUUCCCCAAGUCCUGAUGGAAUGAAGAAUUCCACAGAGUUUGUGAGUUUCUUUCCAGACUUCAUCUGGACUGUUCGGGAUUUCAUGCUGGAGCUGAGGAUAAAUGGAGACAGCAUCACGGAGGAUCAGUACCUGGAGAAUGCACUGAAACUGAUCCCAGGCAACAAUCCCAGAAUCCAAGCAUCCAAUUUGCCCAGGGAGUGCAUCAGACAUUUCUUUCCUAAACGGAAGUGCUUUGUGUUUGACCGGCCAACGAAUGACAAGGAACUCUUAAAAAAAAUUGAGACUAUCUCGGAAGACCAACUGGAUCCUAAGUUCCUGGAACAAACAAGGGCUUUUGUUUCUUACAUCUUCACCUAUGCAAAGAUGAAGACCCUCAGAGAGGGGAUUAAGGUCACUGGAAAUCGGCUGGGGACUCUGGUGAUGACCUACGUGGAUGCCAUCAACAGCGGAGCAGUGCCUUGUCUGGAUGAUGCUGUGACAACUCUGGCCCUGCGUGAGAACUCAGCAGCUGUACAGAAGGCAGCUGACCACUACAGUGAGCAGAUGGCCCAGCGACUGAGGCUCCCCACAGACACGCUCCAGGAGCUGUUGGGUGAGCACACAGCCUGCGAGAAGGAAGCCAUUGCUGUCUUCAUGGAGCACUCCUUCAAGGAUGAAAACCAGCAAUUCCAGAAGAAGCUGCUGGAGCUCAUAGUGCUCAAGAGGGCAGAUCUCCUGUUGAAGAAUGAAGAGGCCUCAGAGAAAUACUGCCAGGAAGAACUGAAUGGUCUCACAAAAGCGCUCACGGAAGCUGUUUCAGCUGGGACAUUCUCCGUUGCCGGAGGACACAGGCUGUACAUGGACACUAGGGAGGAGAUUGAGAAAGACUAUUGGCAGGUGCCCAGGAAAGGGGUGAAGGCAAGUGAAGUCUUCCAGAGCUUUCUGCAGUCACAGGCCACCCUUGAGAGUUCCAUCCUGCAGGCAGAUACAGCCCUCACCGCUGGGGAGAAGGCCCUUGCAGAGGAGAGGGCCCAGAAGGAGGCGGCCGAGCAGCAGCAGGAGCUGCUAAGGCAGCAGCAGGAGGAGCAGCAGCAACUGAUGGAUGCUCAAGAGAGAAGUCACAAGGAAAACCUAGAGCAACUGAGGACGAAGCUGGUGCAGGAGAGAGAGCAGCUCAUCCAAGACCAGAAAAUGAUGCUGGAGAAGCAGCUGCAGGUCCAAAAGGCAUUGCUUGCAGAAGGAUAUAAGAAGAAAUCUGAGGAAAUGAAUGCAGAAAUAAAUAAUUUGAAAAAUAAGAUUGAGAGUAUAAGAAAAGAAAACAGUUCAUUUCUGGAGCAAACCCUGAAUGCCUUUGCUGCAGUUCUCUGUGCUCCUAUUGUACUGGCUGUGGAGGUUGUAAAAGGCAUUGCCGCACUAUUUUAAGACUCAUUCCUCAUAGGAAAGGAGACCGUGUAUAUAUGCUCUCAGUUUUUAAGGUGCACAGGGACUGUGACUAUCUGUCCCAUUUUUAAGGUGCACACUCAUUUUCAUUCAGCAAACAUGAAAGUGCUUGUUCAGUCUAGAACGUCAGUGCCUGCCCCUGUUCAUCUAAACAAAUUCACAUAUGUCUUGAUAGGUGAGGUUUGCAGUGCCAUAUGGGGGAGAUCCUCUGAGCCAUCACUUGUUAUGGUGACAAAUUUAAAGAGUUGGUAUAAACUUUAAUUUGUGCAAUAAACUUUAAAUAUUGGCAGUAUAAACUUUAAUAUGCUCCCACUGCUUAGUCAGGAAACACAAUCUCGGUGGGGAUUCUUGUGUUCAAAUCAAAGUUGAGCCCAGAGAUACUUUAUCAAAUGAAAUUGAUCAAAACACCACACAACUAUUCCACACAAAUACACACACAUGCAUGGAUGCAAUGGCUUCUGAAAGAUC